AUGAUAAUUCUGUUACAUACGAUAUUAAUAUUUAUACCACUAUGUUUGGCAUGGCAAAACGAUUGGGAUCAAUCUCUGGAUGUCUAUUGUUCCUAUCACCAAUCUUUCUACAGAAUACGAAGUGAACACGACAAUGGAAAAGAAGACAGACGAUGGCAGUUUGAUUGUCAUUAUAUAGGACCUUUAAUGGGAGGAUGCACAUGGUACAAUGAUGUCAAUGGUUGGGAUGCUCCUGUGAACUUUUACUGUCCUAAUAAUGGUGCUAUGACCGGUGUCAAAAGUCGCCACGAUAACGGGAAAGAAGAUAGGAUUUGGAGUUAUCGGUGUUGCGACAUGCCUGGUCGAUUGGUUACUACUACUGGCUUUGUUAAUGGUUGGGAUCAAGGAAUGGAUUACCAAGUCCCGUCGAAUUAUUACAUUACUGGUACAGAGAGUCAUCAUGAUAAUGGCAAAGAGUAA